AUGGACGCGAUCGAGGUGGACGACGGGAUGCGGCGCCGGAGGAGCAAGUCGCGCGACGGGCUGCUGGGCGGGGGCGGGAGCGGGGCGGAGGAGCGCGCGGGCUUCUUCCGGAGCGUCGCGGGGAAGGGCGCGGCGAGGAAGAGCUACAGUCUGGCGCCGUGCCACCAUCUGUUCCACACUGCGUGCCUUGAGCGUUGGUUGGCGAUCAAGAACAUCUGCCCGCAAUGUCGUCGGCCGUUGCCGCCUCUGUAA